AUGUAUAAGCUGUGUGUUUUUGUGUUUUUGUGCUUUUUCGGUAAUAUUUUGUGUCUGGAAAUAGGUAGUCCUUGCAACGUUGGAAAUGUAACAGGCGUAUGUAAAAGUAUAUUAGAAUGUCCAUACGCAAUCAAGCUUGUCAAUGAUGAUGAAAAAAAGCCUCCCAUGUGCUUUUGGAAAGAAACUCUACGUAUAGUAUGCUGUCCCACUCAAAACCUACUUUACCGGACGGGCGUUUUCGAGAAAUACUUUGAGGGAUCCAAUGAAGGAGUUUUAAGGUCUGAGAAUAUGACUUGCCGCUACGAUGGCAAACAGCCGUUCUUGUGUUGCCACAACGUUCCAGACCUAGCUGUUGUUCCUGAACCUAGAAGAUGCCCCACUUUACCAGCACCCAAGCUAAAAGCUCCAUUGCACUUCGCUUGGACAAAAUGCCUCGAAUAUCAGCGAUAUUUCAACGUAUGCAUAGAAGUUGGCGAACAAAACUAUAGAAGAUUCAAUACGUGUCCAAUGUCUCAAACGAGGAUAUCAGGAGGUAACCCUGCAUCGCCCAAGGAAUUCCCUCAUAUGGCAGUAUUAGGUUGCCACAACACCGUCUCCACUGAGGAGGCCGAUAUUAUAUGGACAGGUGGAGGAUCUCUUAUAAGUGAAAAGUUUAUACUCACUGCUGCACAUGUUUUAGUGGAUAAUCGUUAUGGUCUAACGCGUUACGCGUUAUUGGGAACUCUAAAUAAGACAGAUAUUAGAUCUGGACUACUUUGCAAUGUUGUAAGAACUAUACCGUAUAAAGCGUAUGUGAAGGGAGAGAAGAAACAUGACAUAGCAUUGGUGGAGUUAAAUGAAAGAGUGAAGUUCAACGAGUUCAUCCGUCCGGCGUGCCUGCCGGUGGCGGGCCGCGAGGUGCAGGUGCUGAGGAUCAUCGCUGGAUGGGGAGAAAUUGAUGAUAGAGGGAAAACCUCUGAUGUACUUCUCACAACAACAGUGAUUGAAGAUCAAAGCUAUUGCGAGAAAAAAUUUGAACGGAGUGCAUUCUUCCCCGACACCAUGAUAUGUGCUAAAGGCAAUGUUGGUAGUUUCACUAGUGAUGCUUGCAAGGGCGACAGUGGAGGACCUUUGAUGGCGUUAUUUUCCAAUUUGAAUUGUUCAUAUAUUAUUGAAGGAGUAGUAUCGUAUGGACCUAGAUGCGGAAAGGCCGCAGGCGUGUAUACUAAUGUGUCUAUAUACCUUGAUUGGAUCGCUCAAAUCGUGUGGCCGAAUGAGUGGAAAGUUUAUCAAAAUAAA